AUGGAUAAGUUCGGUUUGAAAGCCCUGAUACCUCUCAUUAAGCAGGAUCCACAAGGUGAGAAAAAUGGACAAUACGACCAUUCAAUGACAUUGGGUGCGGAUUUGUCUUCCAUGCUAUAUUCUCUGGGUAUUCCCCGUGAUAAGCAACACCAUAGAGUACUAGAUACGUUCCAGUCACCAUGGGCUGAAACUUCAAGAAGUGAAGUAGAACCAAAAUUCAGUAUUCCAGAUUCAUUCAACAAUAUUUCAAAUGUACUACAAUCGAAUGUAACGCCGCCUUGUUUUGAUUCUAUUCAGAAUGAUCAACAACGUGUGGCUUUAUUUCAAGACGAAACUUUGUUUUAUCUAUUCUAUAAACAUCCUGCAACGGUCAUUCAAGAAUUAACUUAUUUAGAAUUAAGAAAACGUAAUUGGAGAUAUCACAAGACACUCAAAGCAUGGUUGACGAAAGAUCCAAUGAUGGAACCAAUAGUAUCUCAAGAUGGGCUGAGUGAAAAGGGCUCUUAUGUAUUCUUCGAUCCUCAAAGAUGGGAAAAAUGUCAGAGAGAUUUCUUGUUAUUUUAUAACGCCAUUAUGUAG